AUGACUGAAAUUUCAUCCCACAGUCAGUAUUCUCACAGAACUAGUCCUGGACGUAGUACGGUUCCCUUUCGGCGCCACCAGUCGCUCCCGGUGCACCUUCGCCGGCGCUCGAGUCUCUGGCGUAGGCCUCUACGAAAAGCAAGCACCGCGCCCAAAGCAACAAACCAUUUUAGCUUGCGCUCCAAUCCAUACAUCGGAUGGUUCCGCCAUUCUCCGUCUGCUUCUAGUGACAAGUCGUCUGUCUGGUGUUCGGAGGCAUCAUAUUCCAAAGACGUCAAGACUGCUCCGCAGCCAUGGAAGUCUUCUCCUUACGUAGGCUGGUUCCGCCAUUCUCCUCCGUCUAUGUGGUCCACACUUUCAAAACAAGCUCUGGUUGAUUACGAUCUUCUGGAGGCAAUCUCUAUUAAUGCUAUUGAAAAGCGAAAUGAAGACGAAUUCGUCAUUCAUCUGAGAGAUUUGCUUUCGGGGCAAUUGCGAGGCGGUAGUGGGGGUGGCAUGCAAUACCACGCCCAUCACUCUGGGACAGUCCACGUUCUCCACAAACUGGCCAGCUGGUUUUUCACUCCUUUUCACGAGUUGGAGCAAAACUUAUCUCCAAAGACGUUAAAGUAUGACGACGACUCUUCUUGUCACACCGCAGAAGAAGUUGACAACGAUUGUGAGGAAGAGGACGAUCAACUCGACGACUACGAUUCCAUAUGUGGUAGCCGUCAACAGACAAGUCCUCCGAAUGAUUACGGCGUAGUUUCUAGUCAAGCUCAAGCCUACUAUGACCAUCAAACAACAGUAAAUUUGUUAGGCUUGGAAGACGUCUCGGCAACAGCAAGCUCGAGGCUCGAUUAUGUCAUCACCCAAAUGGACAUUGUUCGCAUGACUAGAAACGCUGCGCGCCACUUGGAUGUGGACUCGAUCGCCAAACUACCCAUCAUGAAGUACCGAUCCACAAAAGUAGCCUCACCAACUACAGCACACGCUUCUACGGUGCGAGAAGGGUGGAGCUGGAUGAUGGUGCAAGGAGAAGCCAAUGAGGAACACGAGUAUCAGCACUAUCAAAGCUCUUUACUUUCUGCUGCAGUUACCACAUCCCAACCCAAUGAAACUAUUGUCACUUCAGCCCACGAGGAUGUUUGUGUUAUUUGCCUGGAGUGUUUCGAUGAUGGCGAUAGUCUCAGAGUCUUGCCGUGCAACCAUUCCUUUCAUGUGGGCUGCAUUGACCGAUGGUUAUCUGGCUCGUCAUCAUACGAGGAUUGCUACACUUCUGGUUGCCCGACUUGCAAAAUUUGCCCAGACGGAAGUCUACCACCUUGGGCCUUUGCUCAGAUCGGCAAUGCUCUGUCCCGAUCGAUGAUAUAA